ACUGCAGCAGUCAAGAGCAACGUCUCGCUGUCUGACCGAGCCAGUCGCAUAGCACAAGACCAAAGAGUAACAACCAAUUGAGCAACCGGGAGACGUCAGUUAACAAGUCCCAAGAAACGAGACAUGGAAGCCUCUUUGAACACGCAAAAAAUGGCAGCAGAAGUCAAGCAGGAAGGACAAUACCCGGUACCACCAUGCAAUCAGCAACUAUGGCAAUUCCUUUUGGAGCUACUCAACAAUCAGUCCAAAUUUGGCCAUAUCAUUGCCUGGACAGGUAAGGGCACCGAGUUCAAACUCAAAGAUCAUGAAGGAGUCGCUCGAGAAUGGGGCAGCAGACGAAACAGGCCACAGAUGAAUUAUGAGAAACUGAGCCGCGCGAUGCGCUACUACUACAGCAAGAAUAUCAUUAAGAAAGUUCCAGGAAAACGUUUUGUGUACAAAUUUGUCGAACCCCAGGAAAAGGAAAUGCAAGAAGAAAAACUGGCAAUACGACAAGAUGCCAAGCGAAUCACAGUGAUACCCCAGAUGCGACACACUGUACCGAGUCUCGAGACAUCGCCAGCCUCAUCAGCAAGAGCAACACCCAGUCCACCCAACCAACUCUUCACAUUUCCACCAGCAAUGGCACUGCAAGCUGCUCUCGCCAAUCAAGGCUACAUGUACAGCUUCCCACUACAAGCUGCCUUCCUACAGCACUACUAAUACCAUAGACAGCUACAAUGCAGCAAAUAGAAAAAGUACCUAGACUUUAGUCAUAAUAUGUGGAAGGUACCUCGAUCCUGAAAUAGUCUUCCCCUGAAGCUAUUCGAUAGGCUCGUGGUGUAAGAAUUUCCGUCUAAGCACAUAGUAUAAGUAUAGUUAGAGUAUCUGAUGACGUACACGGAUAAUUAGCUAGUAUCCGUAGUUUACUGAUUAAGUUAAUUAAUUAAUUGACUGUUUUCGUUGCAUUUUCUGUAUGGCGGAUGUACAAACACUGAUAAUUAUAACAAAUGGAGUAACUAUACAUUUGAUUCAAUAAAUAUUGGUUGA